UCUGAGGCCAGAAGAGAUCUGGUGCACUUCUGCCGAGCUCUGAGACCGGCAUCGGCUCUCUGUCUGCCUCUCCCCCUCUCAGCCUCUCUGCACCUUCUCUCCGUCUUCCAGUGUCCCCUUGCUGUUCUCUCUUUCCUUGGCAAAGCACCGCCACACACAGCAAUCAUGGAGGCCAUAAAGAAAAAGAUGCAGAUGUUGAAGCUGGACAAGGAGAAUGCCUUGGACCGCGCCGAGCAAGCAGAGGCAGACAAGAAGGCAGCCGAGGACCGAAGCAAGCAGUUUGAGGAGGAAUCCAUCCAACUCGAGAAGCAAUUGCGAACGGUGGAGGACGAGCGAGAUAAGUUUUUGGAGGAUUUCAACAAGGCGGAGGAGCGGCAGCUGGCGGCGGAGGAGAACGCCGCGAAGCUGGAGGAUGAACUGGUGUUACUGCAGAAGAAGCUGAAGCAGACUGAGGAUGAGCUCGACAAAUACUCGGAAGCUCUGAAAGAUGCUCAGGAGAAACUGGAGCUGGCUGAGAAGAAAGCUACCGAUGCUGAAGCUGAUGUCGCCUCUCUGAACAGACGCAUCCAGCUGGUUGAGGAGGAGCUGGACAGGGCCCAGGAACGUCUGGCUACGGCUUUGCAGAAACUGGAGGAAGCUGAGAAGGCUGCAGAUGAGAGUGAAAGAGGGAUGAAAGUUAUUGAGAACAGAGCCCAGAAAGACGAGGAAAAGAUGGAACUGCAGGAGAUCCAGCUUAAGGAGGCUAAACAUAUUGCAGAGGAGGCUGACCGCAAAUAUGAAGAGGUUGCCCGUAAACUGGUCAUCAUUGAGAGUGACUUGGAGAGGACUGAGGAGCGAGCUGAGCUCUCUGAAUCUAAAUCUGCUGAGCUUGAAGAAGAGUUGAAAACUGUGACCAACAACCUUAAGUCACUGGAGGCUCAGGCUGAGAAGUACUCACAAAAGGAAGACAAGUAUGAGGAGGAGAUAAAAAUCCUGAGUGACAAACUGAAAGAGGCUGAAACCCGUGCUGAAUUUGCAGAGAGGACUGUUGCCAAGUUGGAAAAAUCCAUCGAUGACUUGGAAGAGAAAUUGGCACAAGCCAAAGAAGAAAAUCUCAACAUGCAUCAGAUGCUCGAUCAAACUCUGCAGGAGCUUAAUAAUUUGUGAACGGCUUAGAUUUGCUUCGAACAGGUUGCCUGCCCCAUGUUGCCAAAGCCUUUACUUGAGAACAAGUUCACUCUGCUUUUACGUGGAUGUUUGGGAAAGGGCCAGGCAGCCUGGAAUCAGAUUAACUUGAUGAAUGAUGAACCAUUUGAUGAUAACACUACUGCCCAGUUGAAUAUAUUCCAAAUCAAAAACCUGCACUAUCCCAUGAUUGUUACACAUUAAGAAACUCUCCCAGCUGUUUUCAAAAGUAUUGUAAUUUACAGGCUGUUCAUAUUAAAAAAAAAUCCUCUUUGCAACUUCCUUUUUUCAAAGUUUGCCUCCACCCUCACCACCCCGUUAUUUUCCAGAAAUUAUUUUUAAAACCUUACUGAAUACCUUCACCCCUGCAUUAUGUUUCUUUUGCUGCUUAAGAUUUUUUUUUGUGGACAGCCAUUGUAUUGGCGACCAAAUAAUGAGGGAUAGGGAACAACACUUUGCACCCACUGGGUUUUUAAAUGCUUGCAGCUUUCCUUUUGGAGGGAAGAAGAGGAAAAAUGAAUGUUUUAUUUAUAGGUAUGCAUACUGCAGCCUAGCAUAUUGCCUGCUUUGUAACAAACCAUACAGCUGACCCAUUCCCAGGUCAUUCAAAUGUCUGAAUUGUAAUCCUCUUUCCAUUCAUCUUUCCCCAAAGAGGUUAGAAGUAAUUUUUUUAAUGUGUUGAAAUUAAUUCACCAUUCCAUAUCUUAAAUACAAGCAUCAUUGAGCUCUCCACAAAAAUUACUGAAGGAAGGGAUGUAGAUGGUAACACAAAAAGCAGAUUGUUGGAAUAUAUUUGAUAAAUCCAGCACUUUGCUUACAAGCUGAGUGGUGGACAAACAAAAAUAUUUGUUAUGAUGUAGUAAUUAUUAAUGGAGUGUCUCUGUGCCAACAUUGGUUGAUUUUUAUCUGUGACCGGUUAAGAUCAUAAACAUGAAUACAAUAAAAUUACAAAAUGAAUUGCCUUUUCUCUUUAUAUACUCUUGAAUGUUGUACAAAAUGUAUGAAAGAAAAAAAUCAGAAGACUAUUUUAUUGCAAAAGGCAAUAAUGAAUAGAACAUUCUGGUACUUCUUCCCUGUGCACGCUUAAUUGUGAAUUGGUUUAACAAUAUAUCUAUCUGUAAACUUUAUUAUGGUAAUAAACACACACUCAUGAGA